GACAGUAUCCAUAUCUCAAUUAUUAAUGUCUCUCAUUUAAGUUAAUCUAUUUGCCAGUAGGCUGUGCAUCCUCUCACUCCUCUUGCUUUCAAAGUACACAAGUUGUCGUCACUUCUUUCCGUGUUCAUCUUCAUUCCGGAACAUACAAGAUUGCCCAUCCGUUCACCAGGCUGUUGCAUUGACGACUUCUCUUCGACACUCGAUUUCUUUUGGAGAGUCUUAUUGCUUUGAUUGAAUAUAUUCUCUUUAGUUCCUCUUUCCUUGCUCCCAGCCAAGAGUUCUAUUUCCAUGAAUCCUCUUUCCACCUAGAACAAUCAUCGAGCUUGACAGGUCUUCCACUUCCACGCCCUUCUGGGCACAAGAAACAGCCACGCCAUGUCUCUCGUAGGAAACCUCACUUCCAACUACGACCACACUGCCGAAACACAGGGCGCAGGUUAUCUCGGUCCACGGCGGACAAGCAGCGAUGUUGACCGAACGCCUAACAUAUUCCGUUCAUUAUCCCAAGAAUCACAUCAACGCAACCAUGCUCUACCAGAAGAGAAAGCAGAAGCUUCCAACAGCUCCGAUGAAGAAGCCGUCGAACGUGUUAGAUACCUCGCCAGACAAUUCUCGCGCGAGUCAGCCUUUUCUAACUCAAUAAACUCGAAUCCUUUCGAUGCAGAACCAGGCUCUCCUCUCGACCCAAGCUCGGACAACUUCCGACCUCGAGCAUGGGUUAAAGCCAUGUUCCAGUUGCAGUCUUCCGACGGCGACAGGUUUUUGGCAAGGACAGCUGGUGUCGCCUUCCGCAAUCUCAAUGCCCACGGGUACGGCGCCGCCACUGACUAUCAGAAAUCCGUCGGCAAUGUCCUGCUAGAAGGGGUAGGGCUGGCUCGCAGGCUGAUGGGUGUCGGUCAGCAGAGAGUCGAUAUUCUCCGUGGCUUUGAUGGUCUCAUCAAGCCCGGAGAAAUGCUGGUCGUACUGGGACCUCCAGGUUCUGGGUGCUCAACGUUCCUAAAGACGCUUGCAGGCGAAACGCAUGGAUUCAAUGUCGACAAGGAAUCGCACAUCAACUAUCAAGGGAUCAGUUUUGAACAAAUGCACAAGAACUUCCGUGGUGAAGCAAUCUACACUGCUGAGCAGGAUGUACACUUUCCUCAGCUUACGGUUGCAGAAACACUCUUCUUUGCUGCUCGUGCAAGAGCACCAAGACACCUCCCAGGAAACAUGUCGAAAUCAACCUACGCCGCCCACAUGAGAGACGUCAUCAUGGCUACAUUCGGUAUUCGACACACUUUCAACACCCGUGUUGGCAACGACUUCGUUCGAGGCGUUAGUGGUGGAGAACGCAAACGUGUCAGUAUUGCUGAGGCCUCAUUGAACAUGUCUCCUCUUCAGUGUUGGGACAACAGCACCCGUGGUUUGGACAGUGCCAACGCCAUUGAGUUUUGCAAGAGUUUACGUGUAUCGACCGAUAUCAUCAACUCCGCAGCCGCAGUUGCUAUCUAUCAGGCACCGCAGAGUGCCUACGACAUAUUCGACAAGGCUGUUGUACUUUACGAAGGACGACAAAUCUACUUCGGUGGGAAAGAGCACGCAAAGGAAUAUUUCGUCCGGAUUGGCUUCCAUUGCCCAGACCGUCAAACCACUGCCGACUUCUUGACCUCUAUGACUAGCCCUGCUGAAAGAAUCGUUCGUGCCGGCUUCGAGAACAAGGUUCCUCGGACACCUGACGAGUUCGCCCAGGUCUGGAAAGAUAGCCCCGAACGUGCGCAGCUUCUCAAGGAUAUCGAAGAGUUCGACAGAGAACAUCCACUUGGUGGACCAGACUUGGACAAAUUCAAGCAAUCUCGGAGAUUACAGCAAGCCAAGGGGCAAAGAGUCUCGUCACCUUUCACCUUGUCAUACACCCAACAAGUCCAACUUUGCCUCUGGCGCGGCUUUCGAAGAUUGAUGGCAGAUCCCAGUCUUACCGUCACACAAGUGCUGGCAAACACUAUCCUGGCGUUAAUCAUCGGUUCGAUCUUCUACAAUCUCAACGAGACGACCAGUUCCUUCUACUCGCGCGGGGCUUUGCUAUUCUUUGCAAUCCUGAUGAACGCAUUCGGCUCGGCGCUGGAGAUCUUGACCUUAUACGCGCAGCGCCCUAUCGUCGAAAAGCAUGCCCGAUACGCUCUCUAUCAUCCUUCUGCAGAAGCGUUUGCGUCCAUGCUGACGGACAUGCCUUACAAGAUCUUCAACACGAUAACCUUCAACCUCACACUGUAUUUCUUGACCAACUUGAGGAGAACGCCUGGAGCCUUUUUUUUCUUCCUUCUCAUCUCCUUCUUCUUGACUUUGGUCAUGAGUAUGCUUUUCCGGACUAUUGCUUCUGUCUCUCGCACGCUCAGUCAGGCACUGGCUCCGGCAGCUAUAUUGAUACUGGCAAUUGUUAUCUACACGGGGUUCGCCAUUCCAGUAACCUAUAUGUUAGGUUGGGCACGGUGGAUCAACUACCUCGACCCAGUAGCUUAUGGAUUCGAGGCUCUCAUGAUCAACGAGUUUUCUGGCCAUGAUUACCCCUGUGCUAACUACGUCCCUACUGGUUCUGGCUACGGCAGCGGAGUGGCGCACAGGGUCUGCUCGACUGUCGGGUCAAAGUCAGGCCAGACAUUUGUCAAUGGAGACGACUACAUCAACAGCAGCUACAAAUACUAUGCCUCCCACAAAUGGAGGAACUUCGGCAUCCUUUGGGUAUUUUUGAUUGGCCUCAUGUGCGCAUAUUUGGUGGCUGCCGAAUUUGUCUCAGCUAAGAAGUCCAAAGGCGAGGUUCUGCUCUUUCGACGUGGCCACAAGCCGGCUGCUAUCAAGUCGAAUCCUGCUCAAGACGCCGAAGCUGGCGGUGUUACCGUUGCAGCACAGAAAGAUGACAAUGAGCUCCAACCCAUAUCCAGCAUUAUCCAGAAACAAACGGCCAUCUUUCAAUGGCGGGACGUCUGCUAUGAUAUCAAGAUCAAGGGCGAGGAACGACGCAUUCUUGAUCACGUUAAUGGUUGGGUCAAACCCGGGACUUUGACAGCACUUAUGGGCGUGUCUGGCGCCGGUAAAACCACCCUCCUCGACGUUUUGGCCACCCGUGUCACGAUGGGUGUUAUCAGCGGCGAGAUGUUGGUGGACGGUCUGCAACGAGACGAUUCUUUCCAGCGAAAAACAGGAUAUGUUCAGCAGCAGGAUCUCCACUUGGAGACCACCACAGUUAGGGAAGCUCUGAAUUUCAGCGCCAUUCUCCGCCAACCUGCACACGUUCCUCGAAACGAGAAAAUCGCGUACGUCAACGAAAUUAUCAAGCUGCUUGAAAUGUCCGACUACGCCGAUGCCGUGGUCGGUGUUCCUGGUGAAGGUCUCAAUGUCGAGCAACGCAAACGACUCACUAUUGGCGUGGAGUUGGCGGCCAAACCCCAACUCCUGCUCUUCUUGGAUGAACCAACUUCAGGUCUCGACUCUCAAACAUCUUGGUCUAUCCUGGAUUUGCUUGAAAAGCUCAAGAACAACGGCCAGGCUAUCCUUUGUACGAUCCACCAACCGUCUGCAAUGCUUUUUCAACGCUUCGAUCGACUGCUUUUCCUGGCAAAGGGCGGUAGAACCGUGUAUUUUGGUCCUGUGGGCGAGUCAUCCAAGACCUUGACAAGCUAUUUCGAACGUAACGGCGCUCAUCCUUGCCCCACAGAGGCCAAUCCAGCAGAAUGGAUGCUGGAAGUCAUUGGUGCUGCGCCCGGCUCCCACACGGAUAUCGACUGGGUGGACACCUGGCGCAAUUCCCCUGAAGUCAGCGAGGUGCAUGCUGAACUCGACGAAAUGAAGCAUGAACGAUGUAGGUUGACCCGAGCGACAUCCGAUCCCAACGACAAAGCAAGCUAUCGCGAAUUCGCCGCUCCAUUCCAAGUACAACUCUGGGAAACGCAAAAGCGUGUCUUCGAACAAUACUGGCGCACUCCAUCCUAUAUUUACAGCAAACUCGCGCUCUGUACUCUAUCAGGUCUUUUUGUUGGCUUUUCCUUCUUCAAAGCCAAGAAUACCCAGCAGGGUCUUCAGAAUCAGAUGUUCGGCAUUUUCAUGCUCAUGACCAUUUUCGGACAACUCGUGCAGCAGAUUAUGCCACUCUUCGUGACCCAACGAGCAUUAUACGAAGUCCGGGAACGGCCAAGCAAGGCGUACUCUUGGAAGGCAUUCAUGAUGAGCAACAUUUUGGUCGAAUUACCUUGGGCCGCUCUCUGCGCACUCCUCAUCUUUCUCACCUGGUACUAUCCUAUCGGGUUGUAUCAAAACGCCGAACCGACCAAUGCUGUACACGAGCGUGGAGCCCUCAUGUUCCUCCUUAUCCUUACAUUCCUCCUAUUUGCGAGCACAUUCGCGCAUCUGGCGAUUGCAGGCAUUCCGGACGCGGAGACGGGUGGAAACAUUGCCAACUUAGCAUUCUCUCUGACUUUGGUCUUCUGUGGUGUCCUUGUCGGACCAACAGCCCUCCCUGGAUUCUGGAUUUUCAUGUAUCGCUUAUCCCCUUUCACCUACUUGAUCGACGGUAUGCUCAGCACGGCUGUUGCCCACACCAAGGUCACCUGUGCGGCCAACGAGUACCUGACCUUCUCGCCACCCUCGGGCGAAACGUGUGCGGAAUACAUGAAAUCCUACAUCAACACUAAUGGCGGCUAUCUCCAAAACGCAGAUGCUACGGGUAACUGCAGCUACUGCCAGAUCUCCGACACGGACACCUUCCUGGCCAGUGUGUCGUCCCAUCCACAGUAUAUGUGGCGCAACUUUGGGAUCAUGUGGGCGUACAUCUUCUCCAACAUCGCUGGCGCGGUGUUCAUAUACUGGCUCGCUCGUGUGCCGAAGAAUAAGGGCAAGGACAAGGGCAAGAAAGAAGUUGCUACCACCUCUCCUCAGAGCAGCGGCGGGAGCAAAGGCUGCCCAGCCCAACAACGACGACAACAACAACAACAACAACAACAACAACAACAACAACAACAACAACGAAAAGCCUCCCAUGGGCGGUGUCCAAGACAGAGUCUAAUCCGGACCCGCACCGACCUUUACACCCCACGUUAA